CUCUGUCGCUGUUUAUCCUUAUCGGCAGUUUCACCCAGUUUCUCCCAACUCCCAAGCAGUUCUAGAAGCAUUUGGCAGGUCGUGUUGGUCGAGUUCGGAGUCGGGUUGUCCAACCACCAUGCUCAUUACCGCCACCCUCUCAGUCUCAGCCGGAGCUCCACUUAUCACCGGAUUCCAAGCCAAGAAAUACACGAACCACAGGAAUUUUACAGUCUUGGCUAGUGAAUUUCCAUCAUUUCUUCCUAAAGAAGUUGAGAACAUUAAGGACUCAUUUGCCAGAACACUGUCCUCAAGGAUUGAGAGGCUGCCUGUGCAUGUAAGUUUUUCAAAAAAUUGUAUCAUGAGUAGUUGUGUAAAGCCAAAGACAAGUGACAAUACUGAUCCAUUGGUUCUUCUCCACGGCUUCGACAGCUCCUGUUUAGAAUGGAGAUAUAUGUUCCCAUUGCUUGAGGAGGCUGGGUUGGAGACCUGGGCAGUAGAUAUUCUAGGGUGGGGCUUCUCUGAUUUAGAGAAGGUUCGCUCAUUCAAUGUAACUUCAAAACGUGAGCAUCUUUAUCAGUUUUGGAAAUCCUACAUCAAGAGGCCGAUGACAUUAGUUGGCCCAAGUCUUGGAGCUGCUGUUGCAAUUGAUUUUGUAGUGAACUAUCCAGAAGCUGUUGAUAAGCUGGUUUUCAUUGAUGCAAGCGUCUAUGGAGAAGGUACAGGGAACCUUACAAAGCUACCCAAAGCAGUCGCAUAUACAGGGGCGUAUGUAUUAAAGAGUAUCCUGUUGCGCCUAUAUGCAACUUCAUUGGCUUUUAAUAGCAUACCAUUUAGUACCAGCCUUGACUGGACAAAUAUUGGUCGCCUACAUUGUCUAUUACCAUGGUGGGAGGAUGCAACUGUUGAUUUUAUGAUUAGUGGAGGCUACAACGUCAGUGGUGAUAUUAAACACGUAAAGCAGAAAACGCUUAUAAUUUGGGGUCAAAAUGAUCAAAUUAUUGAUAGCAAGCUAGGUGUGAGACUGCAUUGUGAACUACCAAAUGCAAUUAUACGUGAAAUACCCGACUGUGGUCACAUCCCCCAUGUUGAGAAGCCGGCAGAAGUUUUGAAGUUGGUUAAGGAGUUCAUUCAAGCUGAAAGCGGGGUGGCCAUAAAGAAUUCCAUCCUCUCUUAACGUUUUCGUCUCUCUUUGGAUAAUAUGCAGAUGCUUGAUGGAUCAGAGUUGGAGGCUGAGACUGCUGAUAGAGUCUAUGUCGCUGGAUCAAGAAUUUUAUUUUCUUUCAAUAUUUAGCAUUUAGUUUAAAAUUUAUUUCCAAUCAAAAUUUUAUUUUCAAAAUUGAUGAAUUUAUAUUUCAUUAGUGGUUUGAAUUUACUUGAUAUAUUAUGAGACAAUAAAAUAACUUGUUUUAUUC